UCAUAUCACAUAUACUCACAUCAAGUGUUGACUUCACAUAUGUAUUAAAAUAACGCCACAUUGUUUUCCAGGUUUGGUAGAACAUGUUACAUUGAAGUGUCUUACUUUAGGAGCACCAAUCAGGAAACAAAGAAAACUGCUGAAAAGACAAAAAAGUGACAAAUUAAUAUUUUACUAGGAAUGGUCAGACGGGCAUUAUAUCUCACUGUAAGUAGCUACACUCCUACGUUACUAGCGUGUGUCGCCAUACUGUUGGUGAACUACUGUAAUGGUGCUGCAAGAGCGAGAGAUUCACAAGUAGCUCUUGAAAAAAUAAAAGAACUUUUCCUGGCAAGAACUCCACAUGAGUGGAAGCAAAACUGGCAUGUUGACUGCCACAGACGAUGCCGUAGUGAGCUCAUACAUCACAUUAGAAUAGCAUGCGAGAAGGACAUCUAUAGGCUUGAUAAGAGGCUUGCAGAUUCCAACAAUCCAUUCAUGGGUGAAGAUGAGGCUAAUUCUUUCUUCAAGGUGCGAUCUCGCCGUGACCUGCGUCUGAAACGUCGUGGCAUCAUGCAAGAGUGUUGCUAUGACAAGCCAUGUUCGUGGGAGGAGUUUGCCGAAAGCUGUCACACGCAUAGCCGACUACCUGCAAGUCGAAUAAACCACUGUAAAAAAUGAUGCAUCAGAAGUUUCAGUUUUGAAAAUAUUCAGACUUGACUCUAUAUGUGACAUUUAUUAAGUGGACUACCUGAAAAUCAUAUCAACUGACAUAAAAAUUAUGAGACAUUAACUCAUUUAACAAUUGUUUCCUAAUGUUGAGGUUUUAUCUUAUUGCCUAUACAAAAAUUAUCAAACCAUUGUGGCUGUGUAAUUGUAUAUGUGCAGCACCCUCUGCAAUAUGUGCAGUGUACACUUGGAGGCAAAAUACUCAAUAUAUGAUUACACCACUUGAAUUGAAAUAUUUUAGGUGAAUAGAUGAGUUUCUAUUUUAAUUCUCACUCAUUUUUUCAUUAGAUUUUAAGAGAUUUACAUAUGAAGCCUCUAAUGACAUACAUUUCCUUCUUUUUAAUAGCAUAUUUGAAUUUAGUGAAAAUAGCCUUGAUUUAUACAUUUAUGAAAAUUUAUUAUGAGUUAAACAAAAUAGUUUGUAUGUUAGGAAUGGUUUUAAGUGUUUAUCCUGACGUGAACAUUCCAUGAAAAAUUAUCGAGAAUUGAAAGAGAGGGAUGCCUUUUUCUGUCCCGGCUACUAUAUUUUACAUACAACUAGCUGUUGCUACUGGCAACUUAAUAUAUAAGGGUUUAAACGAAGCAUCUUAUUUUUCCACAAAGUUCUGUACGAAUCUAACUGGAUUCAUAAAUUUAGUUUUAAAUAAUUAUCUAUGAUUAAAUUGUUCUAGAAAUGCACUGUCAUUAAAUCUAGAAAACUAUGUGUGUACAUGGUGGUGAUUCAUUCUCAAGUAGGCCUACUGUAAAUUGUUUUAAUAAGGUCGAUUGAUAAAAACCACCAAAUUAAGUCUUUGUCAUUAUUUUUUAAAGAAUCCC